ACAAGUAAUAGCACGUCAUAGUAACUGACGCUAAAUAUUCCACCCGUUUAAUCGUUACAUAGAAUCACAACUUUCUUGCAUUGCUAAAAUGAGCGAACGUUGCAAAGAAAAGCAAACGAAACUAAAAUUCACCUUACCAUCAAGCGAAGAACCGCCGCAAGUGGACGUAAUCUUCAGCAGAGAAGAUGACGAUCUCGAAAGCAAACCUGACGACCCAAUACUUCUGGACGCCAACCACCCGCUUUUGGAGCACUUUCAAAAAACCUUAAAGCAUCAUCUUGAGAGGCAAAUUGAGCACUUAAGGAGUGAAGUGUUUGAGUUGGAAACGGGAGCGAAAAAGAAGAUGAUAGCCCGCGAGCAAUUAGGGCUCGAAACGUACGAAGCGCAGCAGGUAGUUAAUAAGCAGCAGAGAGAGUUGGAGAUGUGCAUUUCGGAACUGGACCAUAUUUGCGCCGCCACGGAAGAAAUGGAGCUUGAGCUUGACGAAGCGAAAAAAACGCUUAGCCAGAAGCGUCUGGAUGUGCUCGAGGCUGAGAGAAACGAGUUACGCCUGCGCACCGAGGUGGAGGGCAUGAAUCUGCUGGCGCAACAAAUGAAGGAUUGGGAGGAGGACGCCGAGUCCGAACUGAUAAUUAAUCAGCGCAUUUUCGGAAAAACCAAAAAGGAUAAGAGCAGCCUUAUUGACGAGAAAAGGCAAUUGGAUGCCAUCAUCUUUAAAUUAAUGACUGAAACAUGGCGUCUUGAAGAAGAAUUGGAGACGAUGGACAUGCAAAUACGCGUGAAAGAGGAAGAGCGCGAGAGACUUGCCGAAUCGGUUGCCAAUAGUAACAUUGAUCUUGAAACUAUCGCGUCGGAACAUCGAAGCUUGUUGCAUUCUUGGAAUUCGCUUGUAGUUGCCAUCUCUCAUAGGGAUAAGGCGUAUAUGACUAGCAAGGAAGAAUUGCACAAACUUGAAGAGGAAAUCCGCGUGGUAUCUGCAGAAGUAGAACAAACCAAAAAGCUUUGCAAAAAGGAAAUGGAAAGGAAUGAGCGCUUAACCGACUUUAAGUUGCGCUUACAAGCCGACGUUGACUCUUGCGCUCGAUCCCUAGAGAUCGAGGCCAAAAAGCGUUUCCAAUUGGAAACCGAAAUGGAGCACGUCCAAGCCCUGACCGAUCAAACCGAAUUGGAUAUCAAAAAAUUGACAUCCGAGAACACCGGGAAGAAAUGCGAGCUUAGUGCGUUGAUUAGCGAGUUUGAGAAGCUAGGAAGUCAAAAAGCGACUCUAGAUAAUGAUAUACUUAAGAUGCUGGAGGAUCAAAUGACUAACGAUAAAGCAGCGAAAUAUCUACAUAAGUUAGUAAAAAAGGCCAAGGAGAAGAACAGAACUAUGAACAUCGCCCUCGCAAAGAUUGAUAACACGAAUUCGAGGACGCUAAUGGACAUUGAAGCGCAGAAGUGCGAGAAUGAAGAAAUCGAAAGAUUUCUUAGUGCCCUCGUUAAACAAGCAAACGAUCUUGAAGAUGAGCUUAGAGCUUGUCAAAGGGAGGAAGAGGGGCUGAGGUGUUACGCGAGCAAGAAGCAAAGAGACAUGGAUGUCCUUACGAACAAGCUCGAAAAAGUCAUAAAUCAACAGGGGGGAUUCGAAGUUUCUCCAGAAGAGCUGAAGAUUGUCGCCCUUCAAAAGAACAUUGAGGAAGUUCAAGAGUCUACGAAGAAAUUGAGGAAAUUUUGGCUCAGACAGCAAGGGUACGUAGUGAACUUAUCUGAACAGCGGCAAAAUCAAAUUAACGACUUCAACAUGUUAAAAAAGCAGUUGCAGUUGCUGAUUCAGAAAAAUCUGAAAAUCAACGACGAACUGGAAAACUACCGUAGACAGGAGGAGGUUCUAUCGCGAUCAAUGGUUAACUUGCAAAACAAGAUCACAAUUAUGAACGAACUAAUAAAUAAAGCAAAGGGUAACAAAAUUGUAAUGGAAAAAGACACUGAUACUAUCCAAUUCGAUUACUCCGGAAAGUUACAUGAUGCCGAAAUGGAGUCGCUCAAAAUUGAAGCGGAUAUUGCAGACAUCGAAGAGGAUAAGAUGAGCUUAAGCAAGGAACUUAUCGACGUGAAUCGGGAGGCGUUAGUGUGGGAGAAGAAGAUACAAAUGGCCGUUGCCACUAAGAAGACCAUGGAUAAGGAAAAUGGGGAGGGUGGGGAGGUCGGAAAUAUGAAAGCUGAAAUUCACCGGAUGCACGUGAGAUUUGGGCAGUUGAAGAAGGCGGAGGAUAAGCUCAUUCACGAUCUCGAUCACUGCGUGUCGCGAAGGGACGCGAUUAUCACGACGAAUGAGGCUCGCGAAAAGCGCGAGAAGGGUGCUAGCGAGAAAACUAGGAUUAACUUUCAAAGAAAGUUGGAGGAUAUGAGGAGCAAACUUAAGCAGAUGCAGACCGAGGUUGAAACGUUAACUAAGAGAAUUGACGCGUCCAACGACGAAGAGCAGCGCCUUAUGAAGGAAAUAGCAAUCACUCAGCAGGAUACGGCUUUCGCAAAACGCAAAAUAGCAACGCUCAUGGAGAACAUUGAAGAAACGAAAACUGGCAGGCAAAGGAAUCUAGAGCUUCUGGUGCUAAAGCAGAAGAAAUUGAAAGUGUAUUCCGAUCUUGCGAAAGGGCGUCGACCACACCUCGCCUAUCGCACCAACGAAGCUAUUUCGGUGGAAUACGAUAAACAGAAGCAACUCAACAAUAGUCUGAUUAAUAUCGCGGAAAACCUUUUGUCGGAUUUUCCGCUGCAUGUGCAAGUCCUUACUAGAAUUAGCAACACGCUGAAAUUGCCGUUGCUGUAUUUAUACAAAUAGUCGGUACUUGCUCACCAUGCUCAUGAAACAUCUUAUGUACACGUCUUUUUUUUUA